GCGGCCCGUGUGGCCUGCGGGGCGCGCGGUGCAUGGUGGGAAUGUAGCUGAGGGGAAUCGCGGGAGGCGGCAGCGGCGGAAAGAGGAGGCCGAAGGGUGGUCGGUUCCAGUUCGGGGGGAGCCCCCUGGGCUGACUUGUGUAGUGAGACCCGGUUGGAGCCAUGGGGGUGCCUCCCCAACACGAGAAAGGAGCCAGAAGCAGGAAGAGGCCAAGAAAAGAGGGCUCAGCAGUCCCUUCAGCCCAGAAGGAAGGUUCUAAGGCAAGCCAGAGCGUGUCGCUCCCCAGACUGGAGCCUGCAGCAGCUGAGUAUUUCCAAAGGGCCCACGAGACCCUGAAAUCUGGGUUUGCCUCUGAUGAAGAGAAGGGUCUGUUUGUUAGCAAUGUUUUGGAGGAAGCAGAGGCAGUGGCCGUGCCUCUAUCCCUGGACUCUGCUGGUUCUCUGCUCCUUCAAGCCCUGGUUGCAUCUGCUCCGCCUGGCAGCUUGUGCCGCUUGCUGCAGGCCUUGAUCCCCUCCCUGCGCAUAGUGGCCUGCCACUCUUGUGGGGCCCACAUUCUGGAAGCCGCUGUGCUGAGAGCCCCCUUGUUGAUAAAGGAUGGAGCGGAUGAUUCUGGGACCCUGGAGGACCUAGUUUUGGAACUGGGCAGAGCCGUGCAGGGGGAACUGUCAGCUUUCGCUUUGGACGCCCAUGCCAGCUUUGUAGUGCGGACACUGCUGCAGACACUUGGAGGGGCCCGAGUCGGCUCAGAUGGGGGUCGAGGGCUCCUGGUAUUAGGGACAUCACAUUCCCGAAGCAAGAAAGCCAAAGUGGGAAGCGAGGGGCCCACGGACUUUGAGGUCCCAAACUCCUUCUUGUCGCUUCUGCAGGGAUUUGGCGAAAGCUUCCAGGAGCUUAUUUCAGAUUUCAUCACCAACAAAUUCUUCAGCCUCUGCCUCCAGGUGGCUCUGGAGGUCUUGCACAGGAAGUUGCCGGAAGCUUGUUCCCAGUUGUGCUGCUCAGUGAUUGGCUACCUGAGCUCGUGCAACCCGGCAGCUGGGCAGAGCACGCUCCUGGUGUUCCUGAAGGAUGCUACGUGCAGCCGGGUGCUGGACAAGGUUCUGGAAGUGUCAGACGCAAAGGCCUUGCGCUCCUUCUAUAAGGUUCACGUGAAAGGGCAGCUGCAGGUCUUGGCAACCCAUCAGGUGGCCAACUUCACUUUGCAGCGGCUCAUCCAGGCAGCUCCGCCCAAGCUGCUAGGAAAACUGUUUGAGGAGCUGAGCCCCGGCCUGGAAGAGAUCCUGGCACAUGAGCACCUGGGUGUGGUCACGGCCCUCCUGGGGGCCUGCCGAAAGCACGGGGCUCACCAGCAGGAGGUGCUGCAGACACUCAUGGAGGCUUUCCACUGCUGGGAGCCCCCUCCCCGCCAGCUGCUGUGCGUUCCCCUCAUUGCCUCUUUGCUGGCUUAUGAGGUGUAUUAUGGCGAGGAGGAGGAGGAGGAGGAAGAGAUGAUGUCACAGGACCAAGCUGCCCCGUCCCGUCCUCUGAGCUCGGUCUCCUACCACGGAUCCUUGAUUCUCCAGCAUUGCUUGCAUUUUGCUGACCCCUCUGUUGUGCUGCGCAGCUUGGCUGCCCUGACCCCUGAGGAUCUGGUCACACUGGCCUGUGACGCAGCAGGCAGCCAUGUCUUUGAUGCCCUCCUGGCCAGCCCCUCCGUACCCAAGAAGCAGAGGCGCAAAGUGUUGCGCCUGCUUAAGGGUCACUGUGUAUCUCUGGCCUGCAGCAAGCACGGGAGCCGUGUCUUGGAUGCCAUCUGGAGCCGGGCCACGCUGCCAGCCAAGCAAGAGCUGGCCCAGGAACUGGGUGAGGCUGUCUUUCCCUUCAGCCAGGGGGAAUGUUCUUCUGGCAGAAGAACCCAUAAAAACAAACUGCCAGUUGCUAAUUGGGGAGUGGGGGGAAAUCUGCAGUUUAUUCUGUUGUGCAGAGUGAGCACCACAUGGCUGAACUCUGACAGCUGCCUUGCAAGCAAGUCCAAAAGGAUGGGAUACAUCUGCCGGGUGUUUUUGUACGCAGUGGCUGUGAGUAAAGGUACUGAGAUGCCCUGCCCUUAUGGACAUAAGAAGCAGCCUUCUCCGCCAGGCCCAGUGCUGUCUGCUCCGAGUGGCAUCCAGGGACUUUGCCACCUGCCACCCGAGGUCCCAAACACAGCCACCUUAGCCGAGCUUGUCCUUGGUUCCCGUAGUGCACGUCUCUCUCUCUCUCUCUCUCCCUCUUAUAGCGGAACAUGAACAGAAGCUGCGGAACGACACCUUUGGCCACCACCUGGUCCGCAAUUUCGCCUUGACGCACUUUCUCAAACGCCGCCAAGACU